GUCUCUCUACCACUAUUUAACAAAACUAAAACAUAAUUCCUGGAGAAAGUUUCUCCACUUUCUAUAAAGUUUUUUAAAAAAAUUAUCUAAAAGUCAACGCCGGUGAAUGGGUUCGUCUUCGUCGUCGCUCAACAAGUCUGCGUUUAGAACAGACAAUAUGGUAACACCAGAAUCUCCCACGAAGGAUAUUAGUUCAGUGGAGAAAAACGACGCCGUCGUCUCGAUCGUAUCUAAUUCGUCUCCUUCUACCAAGAAAACCUUUGAAUCGCCGAGAAAGAGUCCAACAUCGAUUCCGGUGACUUCCCCGGCUGUUAAACCUCGGUGGUCGUUUUCUUCUUCUAAAAAAAGCUUCGGAAGUAAAGAUGAAACCUUUUUCGAAACGCAGCAAUGGCUACAAUCUGACUCCGAUGAUGAUUUCCACAGCGUAAAUGGCGAUUUCACUCCAUCGCGUGGAAACACUCCAAAGUGCAGCUUCUCGGACAGGCCACCUCGUAUCCAAAGCCUUAGAUUCCAAGACAAGAAGUCUUCUCGUGGCUCUUCUCCAGCGCCAAGACCGAGGAGGAAGAAGCUUGGUGAGCUUUUCAGAGAUAGUAUUAGAGAACGACCGGAGGAAAGCUCUGCAGCGUCAUCAGCUCUAAGCUCUCCUUACCUCUCAGUUGCAAACUCAGGCGAGGUCAGCAAGGCCGCCAUUGAAGACGCUGGUGUGAAGGAACAAAAGAAGUCCAACAGGCAGCAUCAUCGAUGUCUUCCUAGUUUCUCUUCAUGUGGUGGAAGUUUCAUGGAGAGGAGGAAGAAGUUGAGCUCUGAAACUGCGGUUGAUGCUGUGAAAUGAGAUGUAGAGAAUAAUAAUAUAACGUUUUGUAUAUGAAAAGAUGAGAAACAGAUAUCAGAGUAAAAGCUCUGAUGAAUUUUACAGAAUACUUCACUUACUGUGAUGAGACGAAAAUGAAUCCGAGAGUUGAAGUAAAAAUGUAAAAAAGAACACGAGAAGUUAUGGU